CAGGUGCGUCCCAGACGCUCCGGCGCGCCAGUCUUUCGCGGCCGUUGCUCUGACCACACGUCGCGUUCUCUCGAACACAUACCGACACGUGCGUGGCGCAUCCCUAUACCGUUCUAUUUUCAAUACGCACCCUGUGUUGUGUGUGGCGUUUGGAAUUUCACUUCUUGCCUAUUGAUUUUCUAGCGCGCAAAAAGUGUUGUGUGGGCGCGAGGAUAUGCGUAGUAAUAGGACGGGUGAGCACAGGUGACAUUUGUGUUUAAUGCCAGUGCCGUGUUCAUAAUGUUUGUUUGGAAAGCGAACACGACCCGCCGGAAGUGCGGUAGCUGGUCUAGAAUGGUGACAAAAGUUGGAACACAAAUAUCAAGGACGACGACUGUGUGUCUCGUUCUAGCAUUAAUCAGUACUAAAGCUCGCGCUGGCGAGCUCUGGCCUACGGAGCGACCGGAUGGCAUGCCUGUGAUACAAUCGCUGGAGGUGAUGUGUGGAAAGGAUCACAUGGACGUACACCUGACAUUCUCACAUCCAUUCGAGGGCAUUGUCUCAUCAAAAGGUCAACACGGUGAUCCUCGAUGUGUCUACGUGCCGCCAUCCACAGGUCAAACCUACUUCUCAUUUAGAAUCGCCUAUGCCAAGUGCGGCACCAAACCUGACCUACAUGGCCAGUUCUACGAAAAUACAGUAGUGGUUCAGUAUGACAAAGACCUGCUAGAAGUGUGGGAUGAGGCCAAGAGGUUGCGCUGUGAAUGGUUCAACGACUAUGAGAAGACUGCUUCGAAACCUCCUAUGGUGAUAGCUGACUUGGAUGUUGUGCAGUUAGAUUUCAGAGGUGACAACGUGGACUGUUGGAUGGAAAUACAAGCUGGUAAAGGACCUUGGGCCGCUCCAGUUUCUGGAAUAGUGCCGCUGGGUUCCACGCUUACUCUCGUGGUGGCCAUUAACGACUAUCGAGGCGAAUUCGAUAUGCGAGUCAAAUCUUGCGCAGCGUCUGAUGGCUCCGGGCAUAUUAUACAGCUGUCAGAUGAAUACGGCUGUGUGCUGCGACCUAAAAUGAUAUCCAGGUUCCUCAAAGCCAAAGCAGUUGAUGAACGGGCCACAGUGAUCACAUAUGCCUUCUUCCACGCAUUCAAGUUUCCCGAUGCACUAAGUGUCCAUAUACGGUGCAAAGUUGAGAUCUGUCGACACGGCUGCCUAGACCACUGUCAGCUGGCUGGCAUAGCACCGGGACCUCAUGAUGCAUUGGAUAGAAAAGAUGAGAGGUCACAACAGGAACGCAAUGACAUUGGUGAUAUAUUAUCGGAAGACACAGAUUUGAGUCUCGCGGAAGAUCACCAACGUCUCCCGUUAGAGGAGGCGUUCGGUGACGAAGUGUCAGGUGACGCGGUGCCUGCGCCUGCGCCGUUGCCACAGCGUGCACCUGCGUCCUUGCCACAGCGUGCGCCUGCGCCGGUCAUUGAAGAAGAAUCCGACCAUCGGUCUGCUGUUGAGGAGCUCGUUGAGGCGCUUGCUAGGCCCUUCACUGACCGUCCCUCCGACUUAACCGAACGUGAACGCUUCCCCCACGGCCCAAGAAACUUCGGUGAUCUUAAACACGAAGCCGUAGUUCCAGCACAAAAGCCAGGUCCAGCUGUUGCCGGUCCCAGGUCUUUGAGGAAACGCAGAACAGUCCGUGACGCACGGUCAGCUGACGUUGGUGUCUCUGGGCUUUAUGAUGUUGUCUCUGAAGCUGACCUGCAAUUUGGUCCUACGAGAGAACCCGUUACGGUAUUCAGUGGCAGGAUAAGGGAGGAGGUGGUUUACGGAAUAUGUAUGGGCGCAGUGAGUUUCGGAGCCCUCUUCGCUUCAGCGGCAGGCGCAGCCGCUGGAGCUGCACUGGCCGCUGCAGUUCUCUUGCAUAAGUUGCGCGCGCGCAUGGCUGCUCAAACGCCGAUAUCACCAGCUCCGGCAUCGCACUCCCUCGCUGCCUGGAUGGCUUUACGAUUACUAGGAACACCGCACUCACGUGAAGGAUGAUCAUUAGUUAGUGUUUAAUGAAAUUAAUUAUCCCAAAAAUAUUGUAAAAUUUGUAUUUCUGACAAGUGACAGUUGAUAUUUUCUUUGAAUUUGUGAGGUCUUUAAGGCACUAGCGUAUCAUUGGCCUUAUUUAUAAUUAAUGAAUAUUGUCAGUAAUGAAAAGCGUAAUCGUUUCGUUACUGUGGUUUUUUUAAACUAUAUCUCGAAAACUUUAAAACUAAGAAAACUAACCGUAACAUAUUGGAAAUCAAUACCUAAUAAAUAUCAUAAACUAACAUUUUUAUCACAUUUGUAAACAUGAAUAGUUUAUAUAUAAGUUUUUGUUGUGAUACGUCGGAACAUAUAAUUUCAUUCAUAGCUCACUUUAUAACCUCUCCUUUUAAUUAUUUCACCAAAACUGUCGUGUUCAAAAAAUGCUGCAGAAAAAACUUUCUCGAUUGAUUUUAUUUUACCAGCGCCAAUUAAUGUUCAUAAAAUCCAAU